CACUUGAAAUGUCCUCCCCUACUCCGAAUGUGGACAUAAUAAUCAGCACAUUGCCAGACUCCGUUCUCCACCUCAUCCUCUAAUUUCUCCCUACCAAACAAUCUGCUGCAACAAGCAUCCUCUCCAAGAAAUGGAACCAACUAUGGCUCUCAGUUCUCACUCUUGAUUUUGACGACCAAGGCUCUCCAAACUUCUUAGCUUUUCGACAUUUUGUCUACUUAGUCAUGCUCAUGCGUGACGCUUCCUUGCCCAUCCGAUCAUUCCUUCAAAGAUGUGAUCCAUAUGAUAUCAAUCGAUUCAUUUCUGUUGCUGUAAAACGAGGAAUUGAUAAUCUUACCUUAGACUUGUCUGGCACUGAUGAUGAUUUUCAAAUCCGAUUGGAUCCUAUAAUUUCCACUGUUUUUAAUUGCAGGAACCUUGUGGUUCUCAAGUUGAAGUCACUGAAAAUGUAUAUCUGUCCUCAGUUAGAUUUUCCCCUACUCAAAACUCUCCAUUUGGAUAAGGAUACUUAUCAGCAAGUUUACAGUUGUCAUAAUUUAAUUCACAUAGAGCUUACAUUUAUUCAACUUUAUCAGAAAAAAGUGAAGAAUUUGGUUGAAUUACUCCAGCAUUGCCCUAAGCUUCAAGAUCUUACACUUCAAAAGCUUUAUGAACGUCAAAGGGAUGAGCACGAUUGGGGUGAACCACAGACUGUACCAAAAUGUCUUUCUUCUCAAUUAAGGACAUGCUCGCUUAUAGGUUAUAAAGGCAGCAACUGUGAGCUUCUGUUUGCUGAGUAUAUUUUGAAGAAUGCAAAAGUGCUUCAGACCAUGAAAAUUAGCACAUCUUCCUCGGUUUUACAUAAGAAGCACCAUAUGCUAAUGAAAUUAUCUGUGUUCAAGGGGUUUUUUGCAUGUAAACUUUUAUUUGAUUGAGGAAGAGCAUGUCUACACUUGUUUCUAAUUUCAUACUCUUUAUGUUAUAUAUUCUAGUUAUGCUAAAGUAGCAUGGGAUAGUUUCAAUUUGGACCUCUAUGUAAUAUAUUUUCAAUUAGAAAUUUUUGUUGUAUUUUCUCACCACUUUUGUUA